UUAAAACCAAUAGAAAAAAAUGGCCUAGGUAAGAUUUGAGAGUGAAUACUUUCGUUCGUAGUUUAUCCAUAUGUCUUAUAUACACCACAAAGACAACUAAUUGUAUACUUCUGUUCAUGAAAAUCAUAUGGUAUUUCUUGAGAGAAAAAUAAGAGUGUUGCUCCAGUACGUAACGGACGAAUCAUCAGAUUACGUAAUGGCGCAGCCUGGCGGAACCGAGACAAAAGCAAUCGACCUAGCCAUCAUAGUAAUCACGCUUUUGCUAUUCGCCAUCUUCGUUGUCGGCUUGGCUUCGGUUUGCUUUCGUUGGACUUCUCGCCAGUUUCACUCUGCACAAUCCAUCAUCAACCCGUUCACAGACUCCUCCGACGAUGAAUCCCGUACGAGUAUUACGGCGACGCGCGGGCUCGACGAGGCUAUCAUCAACUCGUUCCCGACGUUUCUCUACUCUGAGGUGAAGGAGCGUAGGAUCGGGAUAGGUGGAGUCGAGUGUGCGGUGUGUCUAUGUGAGUUUGAAGACGAUGAAACGCUGCGUUUGAUACCUAGUUGUUGUCACGUGUUUCACGCUGAUUGCGUAAAUGCCUGGCUCUCUGAUCACUCCACGUGUCCGCUUUGUCGUGUGGAUCUUUUCUUCCAACCGGGUGAGAGGAGCGUCUUGAUUCCGGAUCCAAAUUCGGAUUCUGCAAACGCGCAUUUGUUCGAUGGUGUGACGUGGACCAAUGCAAACAGAGCGUACCGGUCAUGGUCAACGAGGUUGUCACACUGUCGCGUCUCUCAGAUAUUAUUCUCGAGAUCGCAUUCGACCGGACAUUCUGUGGUUCAACCGGUAAAUAAUUUAGACCGGUUUACGCUCCGGUUACCAGAAGAAGUACGGGCGCAACUGACGAAGAAGAGGGUGGACCAUGUGGCGUUGGUGUUACCUCAAGAGAGGAGCUCGCGGCAGGGAUACAGAAGCAGAAGUGCCGGAAGCGAGAGGAGCGUCUUCUCGUACCAACGGAAUAAUAAUCGGCCGCUGCGUUCAGUGAGUUUCUCCUUCUCUGAUUGUGCAUGGUCCACCUCCGGUGGCAAAGAUGUGGUGGCUCCGUCUAAGACUUUACCAGAUGAUCGAGUGUAA